GGCAGCCUUGCCCGAGACCCGGCCUCCCCAGGUCCCAUCCUGACCCUCCGCCAUCACACAGCCAUGCAGGGGGCCUGUGUGCUGCUGCUUCUGGGCCUGCGGCUACAGCUCUCCCUCGGCCUCGUCCCAGUUGAGGAGGAAGACCCCACCUUCUGGAACCGCCAGGCAGCCCAGGCUCUUGAUGUGGCUAAGAAGCUGCAGCCCAUCCAGACAGCCGCCAAGAAUGUCAUCCUCUUCUUGGGCGAUGGGAUGGGGGUUUCCACGGUGACAGCCACUCGGAUCCUAAAGGGGCAGAUGGCUGGCAAGCCAGGCCCUGAGACACCCCUGGCCAUGGACCAGUUCCCCUACAUGGCUCUGUCCAAGACAUACAACGUGGACAGAGAUGUGCCCGACAGCGCAGGCACGACCACUGCCUACCUGUGUGGGGUCAAGACCCGUAUGAAGGUCAUCGGUGUAAGUGCAGCCGCCCAAUUUAAUCAGUGUAACACGACAUAUGGGAACGAGGUCACAUCUGUGAUGAACCGGGCCAAGAAAGCAGGGAAGUCAGUGGGAGUGGUGACCACCACCACGGUGCAGCACGCCUCCCCAGCCGGGGCCUACGCACACACUGUGAACCGAAACUGGUAUUCUGAUGCUAAUAUGCCUGCCGAGGCCAAGAGGGAGGGCUGCCAGGACAUUGCCACACAGAUGGUCUACAACAUGGACAUUGACGUGAUCCUGGGUGGAGGCCGAAAGUACAUGUUUCCUGAGGGAACCCCAGACCCUGAAUACCCAGAAAAUAGCAGACAGAAUGGAGUCCGGAAGGACAAGCGGAAUCUGGUGCAGGAGUGGCAGGCCAAGCACCAGGGAGCCCAGUAUGUGUGGAACCGCACGGCGCUCCUUCAGGCGGCCAAUGACUCCAGUGUAACACACCUCAUGGGCCUCUUUGAGCCAGGAGAUAUGACCUAUGACAUCCACCGAGACCACAUCAAGGACCCAUCCCUGGAGGAGAUGACGGAGGCAGCCGUGCGUGUGCUGAGCAGAAACCCUCAGGGCUUCUUCCUCUUCGUGGAGGGAGGCCGCAUUGACCACGGUCACCAUGAAAGCAUAGCUUAUCGGGCACUGACCGAGGCGGUCAUGUUCGACAAUGCCAUCGCCAAGGCUAGCCAGCUCACCAGUGAAGCAGACACACUGACCCUUGUCACCGCCGACCACUCCCAUGUCUUCACUUUCGGUGGCUACCCACUUCGUGGGACCUCCAUUUUUGGGCUGGCUGAUGGCAAGGCCAAAGAUGGCAAGUCCUAUACCACCCUCCUCUAUGGCAACGGCCCGGGGCACCGGCUGGUCAUGGGCUCACGACCUGAUGUGAAUGAAAAGGAGAGCAUGGACCCCGAGUACCGGCAGCAAUCUGCAGUGCCCCUAUGGGGUGAGACCCACGCCGGUGAGGAUGUGGCAGUGUUUGCACGAGGCCCGUGGGCACACCUGGUGCACGGCGUGCAGGAGCAGACCUUCGUGGCGCAUGUCAUGGCCUUUGCUGCCUGCGUGGAGCCCUACACCACCUACUGCCACCCUCACCCCCAUAGUGGUCCCUCGGACACUGCCCACCAGGCUGCCUGCCCAUCCUCACUGGCACUGCUGGCCGGGGCCCUGCUGCUACUGCUGGUGCCCACCCUACACUGACCCCACCCACCCGGGCCUCAGGGCCUCUCCCCACCCCCAACCUUAGUGGACCCUGGAAGCUGAAACCCUGACUUUCCUGUGAGAGCCACAGUCCUCAGUGCCCCGACCUCGGUAGCCUCAGAUUUUAUUGGAGCUGCCCCAGACCCCAGGAAAGGUAGGGCCUCAGACCACCCAGUCUCUUCUCCCCACCCAACAGCCCUGCCUGAGGACCAGGCUGGCACCAGAGGUGUCCCCCAGGGAACCGGGACCUACCUAGACCCCCACUGGGGGCUUCCAGGAGGCAUAGCUUCUGGUUGCGUGACUUCCGGGAGGCGUGGCUCCAGGAGGUGUGGUUUCUG